UGACCACAGCGCAUACUCAGUUCGUUACAUUACGCCGAGAUGACAGAUGAUAUCCUAACCUAAAUAGUCGCCAAUUUUAACACUUGAUAUCUCGGUUCGCGGGGCAGAGCGACACUUUUUUCUACCAGAUUCGUUCAUUUCGUGUGAAAAUGCGUCGAAUGAGCCUAAUUUCGUCAAUAUCAAAGGUGGUGAAAGUCUUCUGAAUAAUUACCCAAUAAUCUUCCCAAUUGCUCAGAGAAAUCGGAGAACAUUAAAUACUGAAAAUAUAUUUUAGUGAAAAUUCAUGAUACUUUACGCGUGAACGUAAUAAAAGUAACAAUAACUUGUAGAAGGAUUAUAACCUAAAAAUUCAAGACAUAUUUGGUUUUCGGCGUUUUUGUUCUAAUGAAAAGAUACAUCGUAUUUCAUGUACGAGAAUUGAACAAGUAAAAAUUAAAGGAUUACAACCUAGAGACUCAAGGUUUUUCAAAUUAUUUAGUUUGCACAUCUUUUCUAAAUAAGAAAUCUCAACAUGGUUUGCGAGAAGUGUGAAAAGAAAUUGGGUAAGGUUAUCACUCCAGAUCCUUGGAAAACGGGCGCAAGGAAUACAACAGAGAGCGGAGGUCGUAAGGUUGGUGAGAACAAGGCUCUUUCUGCGGGAAAAGCACGAUUCAACCCAUACACCACAAAAUUCGAGAUUUGUAGAAUAUGCAGGCAGAAGGUUCACCAAGUGGGAUCCCAUUAUUGCCAGUCCUGUGCAUAUAAGAAAGCUAUAUGUGCUAUGUGUGGCAAAAAACUGAUGAGUACAAAGAAUUAUAAGCAGUCAGCUACAUAAUAAUUCUAACCAUCUGUAAUGCAAAUGCAUUUGAAAUUAAUAAUUUAUUAUAAUCUUAUAUUAUUAUAAGAUCAGCAAGUAUUCAAAUAGAUUUGUGUAAAUAAUUAUAUUCAUUUCCUACAAAGUGUAAACUAAUUUUGAUCUUGUUUUAAAACUUACUCUUUAUCUUUUUAUAUAUUUUUUUAAGAAUUACACCAUGGUGGAACUGGAUAUUAAAAAAAUUAAAUUUUGCAAUUAUUAUUAUAAGAGACAUUAAUGCAUUAAGGUGUAUUGCUAUAAAAUUAUCAUACAUAUUUUUUGUUAAUCCAUUAGUAUCUAUUAGUACAUUAUAUAAUUUAACAUAAAAAUCAUGCAAAUAUCAGGUUCAAAUAAAAGCAUAGACUACAGUUAAUACUAAAAAUAGUUUUAAUAUAAGAUUAAAUGGUAAAGAAAAUUUUCUUCACAUAAAUACAUUUAGUUUAUUAUAUGUCAACUUAUGACAAACAAUAAUUAAAAAUAAAGAAAGAUUAAAAAUGCAUAAAAAACUAAUGCAUAUAUAUUUCAUAAUAAAAUGUUUAGACAUACACAUAUCAUGUCUUUUUAUAAUAAUUUCUUUUGAAAUCUGUACAGACUUAUGUAAUAAAAAUGGUCAACACAUGUAUAUAAAACAAUGUAUGUAACUGUGUUAUUAAUUGCAGCUGCUGUACUAUUGAUUCUUUUUACCAACAAGAUUAUCCUAUUUUGUAUAGAACUAAGUUUGAUUAUAUAGAUUUUGAGGUCUACAUAUUUAUUUUUUAAACUAAUACGAAUUAUUCUCAAAGUGUAAUAUAAUAAACAAAAAUAAUCUUUAUCUCUCCACGAAGAUCUAUCACAUAACAAAAUAUAUUCUUGCAAUAUACAAAUAUGUCUAAAAAUAUACACUUUUAUUCAUUAAAACUUUUUACAUUUGUUACUAACAAAUUAUAGACAAUAGCGUAUGUUACCAACAUGUUAGUCUUGAAAUAAAUUAUAUUACAUUUAACGUACACAAGAAAGACUCGAUGACUGACUUGCAUCAAUUAGCAAUAAUAUUUCACUUCAUUAAUAAUACAGUAGUAAUACACGAUGAAACAUUCGUAUCUUGAUGUCAAUCGCACGUUACAGUAAAUCCAAUAUAUUUUAGAAUUUCUGUUGUCUUUUCGAAGAACAUCAGAUAACAAAAAAAAAAAGAUACGGUGCGAGAUGCCGUAAAAGAAAGAUUCUAAUCAGGCAGCAAAAAAGCUUUUCUUUUUACAUAUACUAUUGAAAGAGUUUUAACAUGCCCAAUUUUUGCUUGAGCAUCAAUGUAUCUGAAGCGAAUAAUACAAUUAUGCGUAAGAUUUUAGCAAUGACUUAUAUUUACUUUGUAUUUCAUACGGAUAAUACUCACACAAUAUACGUAAACACUUACAUGUAAAAUUACAAGUUACGUAAAUGUUAGUACAUUAAUAAACAUAAAGUCAUUACAUAUAUUAAGUUCCAGAUUUACAGAUUAUUUUGUUUACGUGCUACGCGGUUUAUUGUUACACGGUCUGUUAUUUGGUUACAAACGUCUUAUCGACGAAAUUAUUUGUAUUUUAUCUCAUAAUGGACGUAUAGGACAAUAUAAAAUCC